AUAAGGGGCGGCCUCAGCGCGGCCCUGACCGCGGCCGUCGCGUCUCCCGUACCGACCUGCGUUCGGGAACCAUGGCAGACCAGUCUUUUGUGACUCUAGCCACAAAUGACUCCUAUGUGAAAGGAGCGCUGGUACUUGGUUCAUCCUUGCAACAGUAUAGAACAACAAGGAAGCUGACUGCACUCAUAACUCCUCAGGUAUCAGAUCUUAUGAGGAGAGUGCUGGAAAAAGUCUUUGAUGAAGUCAUAUUGGUAAAUGUCUUGGAUAGUGGGGAUUCAGCACACUUGGCAUUAAUGAAAAGACCUGAGUUGGGCGUCACACUAACAAAGCUUCACUGCUGGGAACUGACACAGUUUUCAAAAUGUGUUUUCAUGGAUGCAGACACAAUGGUUUUGUCAAAUAUAGAUGAGCUUUUUGAGAGAGAAGAGCUAUCUGCAGCACCAGAUCCAGGCUGGCCUGACUGUUUUAAUUCAGGAGUUUUUGUUUACCGACCUUCCGUUGAAACAUACAGUCAGCUGUUACAGUUUGCCACAGAGAAAGGCAGCUUUGAUGGUGCAGAUCAGGGGUUAUUAAACACCUUCUUCAGCAGCUGGGCAACGACAGACAUGAGCAAACAUCUACCGUUUAUUUAUAAUUUGAGCAGCACUUCUGUAUAUUCCUACCUUCCAGCAUUUAAAGCGUUUGGUGCAAAUACUAAGGUAGUGCAUUUCCUGGGAAGCACAAAGCCGUGGAACUAUACAUAUGACUCCAGAACAAAAAGCAUAAAGGGCAACAUGGAUGACCCUAAAAUAGUUCACCCAGAAUUCCUCAACAUGUGGUGGGAUACCUACAUAGCUGAUGUUUUACCAUUACUAGAACAGCAUGGAAUUGUUAAAGAAAUUCCUACAGGGGUAAAUAUGCUAUCGGGCUUGGUCUAUACUCUGGCUUUCUCUUGUGGCUUCUGUAGAGAGGCAGAAGUUACAGAGGCAGUGUCCCACGUAUCAGUAUCACCACUAUUACCAACUGAAUCUUCAGAAGAACGCAAGGAACGGUGGGAACAGGGCCAAGCUGACUAUAUGGGAGUGGAUUCCUUUGACAACAUCAAGAAGAAACUUGAUACCUACCUUCAGUAGAAGUGCCUGUCUCAAACAGUGGUGAUGCAAGGACUUGUUCCAGAACUAACAGCUAGAAAGGUAUAGAUGGUGGUCAGUUACACUUGCUAGUAGCUUGAGGAAAAACUUCUUGGCUGAAGGCCUCUGCAGUGCUACAGAUGAAGACUGAGCAAAAGCUAGGAAGCAGAAUCCUUGGGCCACCUAUUACUGCCCAAUUUCCAAUUCUCCAUACUAGAUAAAGCCAGGUAUUUUCAGCUUAAAAUUUCUUCUGUUUUGAUCAAUUGGCUCAACAUAUUCUUUAAACUGGGUUUGUUACCUCACCUCAUUAGUGAUUAGCAUUGAUUCCUUUGCUUGCUGUUUUAGAUGUAAAAUCUAAUUCAUGGGAUUGCUCAUACACUGGAGUGGUAGCCAUUCUGCUUUACCAUAAAUGUAUUAAUGACACUGGGAUACAUACAUGUAACAGUAAUAGCACUGCUUUGCUCUUCCAGUCACAAUUGCACUGAAAUUUUGACCAGGUUCUUACGCACAGUGCCUGCAGCAUGGCAGAAUGCGUUUUUCAGUUCUGUAUACUAUGGGACUAGUAAACUGAGUUUUAUCUGUUCCUUGCAAUGUUGCACUUGAUACAAAAAUAAAAAGUUGUCAUGCA